AUGAAGCCGAACAAUCGAACUUGUGAUGUAAUUACCAACAAAGAUGAAUCUCUUCCUGCACUUUUGCUGCCUGCACUGAACAGUUACACCUGUGACGAUUCAUUGCUAAAAGGACAAAUUUCAAGCAAUGGCAGAUAUCAACCAUUCGGGUUUUCUGAUUGCUCUUUACUGCCAAAGCGUUUAAACAUUCAGGCAGGGCAAGGAUCUAUGCCAGUUUCUUCGAUUCAAUGUGCAGACCACAGUUAUAGUAAUUGGCAAAAAGAAUCCGAAAAGACUAAGCUUCCCAAGCUUGGUUGCCCAACAGAGUACACUGAAUACUAUAAAACUGUUUCUUCCGGCGAAACAACCGAUUCAGCGGUUGUUUCAUCUAUAGCAACGAACAGACUCAAAAGAAAACGUCAGAGGGACGGCCCAAGUUGUGACUCUUGUAGGAUAAAGAAAAUAAAAUGCAAUGCAACAAUCAUUAUCUUUUUACAGGAUAGGAACCUAAUUUCAUCAAUUUCUUCAAAUUUGCAUUAUACACUUUCCCAAGACGACAUAAACCAGUUUCGAAUGAAGUUUUUCAGGAAACUGCCUGACGUGAUGGGCACAUAUGAAGUCAUAAAACACCUUGAUAAAAUAGUCCUUUUCAAAGCCUGCACCUCUUGCAGUAGAAGAAACCAAAAAAAUGGAAAGUGUCUUUUUUCGAGAGGAUUUACAAAAUCUGAUAUGAACGUAUUUCCCAAGAUAAAUAGUAAACUUAAAGACAAAAGUAUCUUCGAGAUGACUGUCGAUGAUUAUGUUGCCGCUGGCUUCCAAACCCUUUAG